AUGGUUUCCUCUUCUUCGUAUGCAGCGGCGCUGCUGUCUCUUUUCGCGGUCUCCGGCUCGGCCCAAAACUUCACGAUUGCCAACGGCCAGAUCUUCACGCCUGGUCUAGUCAUUCUCGAUGCCCCACAGCCCGGUACACCUCUCGGAGGAGACAACCUCCAUGUCGCGUUAGACGUGUCGACGAACGGCAAGAUGCCGUUGCCGCCAUAUGCAUCGGACAGCCCGACAAAGAUCUUCAACGUAACCAUGUUCCUGUACAGUUACACCACCGGUCGUAACUUUACCAUCACCAACGGCACGGCAUCGGCCAACAACGCUAGCUUGGGCGACAUCAUGUUCCAGGAGCCCGGCAGCACGGUGAAGCAUGUUAACUGGAUCUGGCCUGACUGCCUUGUUGGCGAUGGGCAGCCAUCGUCGACAGGCAGCGACCGCGGUGCCUAUAACAUCUCCAUCCGCCAAAACUUCCGCCUCAACAACGAAGAUCAUUACACAAUUUUCGAUGUUCCCAUCUCAGUCACCAACAGCAUCUCGAAGAAAGACUCGCGCCCUUCCUGCGAUGUGCUGAACAACCCUCUCCUCAGCGAGCAGGAGAUCAACGCCACGGCCGCAAACUCUGUUGGUGUGCUCUUUGCCCCGGGCGACUCGACGCAGAUUGAGGUCAAGUCCGGCAACGGCAACGACGACGGACUCAGCGGUACCAAGCCCGAGGCCACCCCCGGCGACGGGCUCGGGGCCGGGAGCACCCUCAGUUGGAGGGACGGCGCGCACUGGUUGUGCUUGUUGAGCAUCGGAGCUGCGGUAAUGCUGUAG